AUGUGCGCAGAUCUGAACCUGGUGCCAAGACGCGGCAAAACCUGCAAAGUCGAUCGGCUUCGCCCGGGCGUCCGAGCUACCCGAGUGGCACCAAAUGAAUCGGUGGAUCCGUGCGAGAACUUUUCGAGUCUGCCUGCGGUGGCUGGGUUGCAGCCAACGAGAUCCCUGAUGAUCUCACCGCUUACUUCGCAUUUCACCGAACUACGAGAGAAAUUCGAUCAAGGCGGUUUGGGAUUGGGUUCAGGAUCACGAUCCUACUAUAUGGACAUUAAAAAGUACGCUAAACAGGUGUCCGCUUAUUUGAAAUACAUGAAAUUGAAAGUGAAACUGAUCACUGAGGACGCGGGACUUGUGCCAAAUGAAGAGCAAAUUUCGAAAGAUAUCGAUGAAAUGUUU